UUUUAAGUCGCCGGCUACUCUUUGUCGCGCUUGCAGUUACUGUUCAUACGCGAUUUGCUUUUUCUCCAUUAAUCUAGCUACUGCAGAGGAUUUCUUGGUUUAAUCCCUGUACUUUGAGUUUGUGUUGGGCUGAAUCUUAACUGCCCGUCAACUGGGGGCGGUGUUUAGUUUCGCUUUGGCACUGUUCAUGGUCGCAAGUUUUGGCUCAUUGGUUCUGCGAAUUUGGGGAAAUUAAGGGAAAGGCACUAUGGCCGGAAAAAAGCAGGGGAAGGGCCUGCAAACUCCCUCUGUGAACAUCAGGUCAAGAACAUCCUCUGGGUUUAAUGUAUUGGAUUGUUUGGAAGAAAACUUCCCUAUCCUUCACACUGGGAAACCUGGGAAUCUGCCAGCUUCUGGGAACGCUCUUGAGGAACCUGCUGUGGUUGUGAAGCAGGUUGCUAACUUUGGGGACCUCAAUGCUACUCCAAUGUCGGCUGGAAAGCAGGGGAAUGGGAUAGAGAAGCAGCUCAAUGCUGCUGGAGCUGUGUUAACUGCUGGAACACCAGCUGAACCUGCUACAUCUGUUAAGGUGACUUCACCUACUGCUGCAAUACAAAUUGGAGGAGCUGCUGUGAAAACUAAACAACCACCUGCUGCACAGCCUGAUUUGGAGCCGAAUUCAAUUGCUGCUGGGAAAACUCCUGGGAAUGCAGGGAGUGAAACUACACUACUACCAGGAGACAAGACCAGCAGUUCUCCUACUAAACCUGCGGACACUACUGCUAAGAAGGCUUCUCCUGCUAUGGGUUCUUCGGCAGAAACUUCUGCGGCUAACCCAGGAAAGGCUACAACAAGAACAAACACACAAUGGUCAGAAUUAUUUAGAGAUAAUCGUGCUCCAUCCAAAGGUAUUAAACUGGAAUACCUUCCUUCGAAUGAUGAUGUUGUUGAUCUUUCAAAUUGUGUGUUACCUUCUAUGGUCUCGCUGUGGGGUUAUUGCCUUGUUGGAUGCUUCACAGGUAGAUUCUCGGGGCUUAAAGCGAUUUAUGAGCUUAUGAACAAAUGGGGUGUACACUGUACAUUAAAAUCUCAUAACAAGGGAUGGGUGAUUUUUAAAUUUAAGAAUGAGCAGGAUAGAACUAAGGUCUUUACUGAAGGACCUUAUAAUAUCAUUGGGAGAUUACUGUUUUUGAAAAUGCUAUCUGAGGAUUUCACUUUUGAUGAUGAGGCAUUCCUUAAGGUGCCUAUUUGGGUUAAAUUUCCUAAUUUACCUUUGAAUUUGUGGAAUGAAGAGGCAAUGAGCUUGAUUGCAUCAAAGGUGGGUGUUCCUAUCACUACAGAUAAGGUCACUCAAGAGAUGUCAAACUAAAACUUUGCGAGAGUGUUGAUUGAAGUAGACAUUACCCUGGCACCUUGCCUCUCUUUUCCUAUCUGGUUACCAUCGGGGAAGAUCUUUAAUCAAGUGGUUGUCUAUGAAACUUUUCCUAAUUUCUGUUUUCAUUGCAAAUCUUAUGGUCAUCACCCCUUUAUUUGCAAGGAAUUGGGUUGGAAAAAGAUUGAAAAAGUGUUGACUACAGGUGGUGUGACGAAGAGGAUGAAUGGUAAGGUGGAUAUUCAUGCCAAAUCGGGGAUUGAUCCCCAAAACCCUUCUCGGGCAGAACCUACUUUCCAGGAGCAGGCUUCUGCCAGCCCGACCGGGCAACCCGCUCGCCCGACCAGGCCCCUGUCUAUUGACCAGGAUGCUGCCGCCAGCCCGACCGGGAUACCUCCUAGCCCGACCGGGCCUAUUGACCAGAGGACUGUUUUUAGUGCUAAACCUGCUGCCAAUUUAUCUGAACCUGCACCAACUGCACUAGGGCCUUCUAAUAUUGUCCAAGGGGCUGCUGAAAUCUCCAGGGCUUCCAAAGAUGACGAGGCCAUUUUGGAAGAUAUUGAAAGGAUCGUGAUACAUGAAAAAGACUUGAAGGUAAAUGAUGUGGUGGUCAAAUAUGGGAUUGCCAAAGAUAAGUUCUGUUUCGCUGUCAAACCCUUGAAGUUCGUGCAUGCGGAUGUGAUUAGAGUGGAUACUUCACUUCGACUUACGGACAAUUUAGACGGGAGAGGACUUACUUUCUUGGCCAAAUGUCUUGAGAAAAUACCGGGAGUUACUAGGAACAAAGGGGAGGUUUUCUUUGACCCAAAGUUCACUAUUCCUUUCCGUGCUUUCUUUGGUAUCUAAUAUUGGGAUACCUAAUCUGUUUUGAUAGCGUUUUCUUAGCUUAGAAGCUCUUGUUGGUUUUGUUUGUCUAAUUGUUGAUUUGGGAGGUAGGCUAGAUCGAUGUUGUGGUAUCCUAUGUACUGGGAUAUGCACUGCUUUUGUAACAUUAACUUGUUAUUUUCUUGGGUGUUUAUAUAUACUCACAUUUCAUCCAAAAA